UCAAAAAUGGGUUCAGAUUCUCAGAUUCAGGUUCCAGUCAUCAAGCUGAUCUCAAUGGGCUCGGACUUGGAUCGAGGAAGUGAAGGGUGGCACAACUUGUGCAUGAGAGUUCGAGAGGCUUGUGAAAAUUAUGGAUGUUUCGAAGUAAUCUGUGACAAGAUACCCAUAGAAUUAAGAACGGAGACUUUCUCAGCGGCCAGACAGCUUUUUGACCUUCCUGUGGAUGCCAAGCAGAAAGGUGCAAAUCCAAUGAAACCUUAUCGCGGCUACAUUGGACCGAAUUCUUCAAAUCCCUUGAAUGAGGCCUUUGCAAUUGAAGAUGGCUCUAACUAUGAUUCCCUCAAAAGCUUCACGGAAGUAAUAAGGCCAGUUGGUAAUGACCAAUUCUGCCAGGCAUUUUCUUCUACGGUUAAGUUGCUGGACGAGCUGGAACAUAUACUAGAAUUGAUGAUUCUUGAUGCUUAUGGUUUGGGGGAGAAAAAUAAGUCAAUCGUGGAAUGCAAAAUUACACUACUAAGGCUAAUGAAAUACAAGGCUCCCCCAUCAGGAGAAUCUAUGGAAGGAUUCGUGGCUCAUACUGAUAAAGGAUUGUUUACAAUCCUCUGUGAAGAUCAAAUUUCAGGCCUUGAAGUUGAGACCAAGGAUGGGCAAUGGAUUAAACUGUCUCCAUCUCCUAGCUCCUUCGUCUGUUUUGUUGGAGAUUCUCUAAUGGCAUGGAGUAAUUGCAGAAUGCAUGCCGUAAAGCACAGAGUGACAAUGGGUGGGGAUAAAGACCGUUAUUCUUUCGGAGCUUUUGCACUUCCUGUAGAUGGCACCAUUGUCAAGGCACCAAAAGAGUUUAUUGAUGAAGAACAUCCCCAAGUUCUUAGAGAGUUUGACUUCGCGGAUUAUUUGAACUUCUUCAUGAAUUCAAAUUUCGAAGUUAAAUGGGCCAAGCUCCCAGAAUUGACGAUUUUCGCAUUUGCAGGGAUAUUAUAAAUUGAACUGCCAAUAUUCGCGCAGUACUGUGAUACUCAGUUUAAAGCAUGUAUGCAUGCAUGAUGCGUGUAACAUAUAUAUAGCGCUAGUAAUUGGCUAAAUAAACUGGCCAUACUACGGACUUAUUAUAAGCAUGAGUAAAAUAAUACUAGCGGCUGGCAUAUGGUGCUGCUCGAUCAGUUUUACAAGGAUGUAACAUGUAUAAAGGUGGUCGGUCUAAUUAAUAACAGUAAGAAUAAGUGU